AUGGACACGAUAGAAGCUUUGAAGAGAGAGAUUGCGGACAAGGAGGCUGAGCUGGUGCGGUUGCGCGCACGGCUUGUUGAAGCUGAAAAGCUGGGCGUUGAGAAUAGCAGGGAUGGAGUCGAGGGAGAGUGGAAGUGGCCGCUUGAAGAGCGAGAUUAUGAGAGAUAUAGCAGGCAGAUGAUUGUGCCGAAUUUCGGCCUGCAAGGCCAGCUGAAUAUCAAGCACGCCAAGGUCCUGCUCGUCGGCGCUGGUGGCCUGGGAUGUCCCGCGGCGGCAUAUCUCGCUGGUGCUGGUGUCGGGACGCUGGGUCUCGUGGAUGGCGAUGCUGUCGAGGUGUCGAAUCUGCAUAGGCAAGUUGCGCAUGCGACGAGCAGGGUUGGGAUGAUGAAGGUUGACAGUGCUGUGGCGUAUCUCAAGGGAUUGAACCCUACAAUCAUGUAUUAUGCCCAUGGCACACAUCUCACGCCGCAGAACGCCGAGGAAAUCGUCUCUCCGUACGACCUUGUUCUCGACUGCACAGAUCACCCUACCUCGCGCUACCUCAUCUCCGACAUUUGCGUUCUUCUUUCCAAGCCGCUCGUCUCUGCAUCUGCGUUUCAAACUUCGGGCCAGCUCAUUGUGCUCAACAAUCCUCCCGGCAAGGGCCCCUGCUACCGCUGCGUGUUCCCGAAGCCUCCCCCCCCGGAGAGCGUUGUUGGAUGUGGCGAGGGAGGUAUUAUUGGCCCUGUUGUGGGCGUCAUGGGCGUGUUACAGGCAUUGGAAGCGAUUAAACUGCUUGUGAGGGGAGAUCACUUAACGUCUCGCGCUGGAGAUGAGGAAGACGUGCGACAGGUGGGGAUGUUGCUUUUCAGUGCCAUGGGCGAUGUGCCGUUCCGGACGGUCAGGAUGAGGGGCAAGAGGAAGGGGUGCUUUGCUUGUGCGGGAGAUGAUUCCGCGUUGACGCUCAACGAGCUCAAGGCUUCGAUGGAUUACAUUCAGUUUUGCGGCGUCAGUCAGCCUGUUAAGCUGCUUCAGCCAGAGGAGCGCGUUUCGGUGGCAGAGUACGAGCAGAUCUCUCGAGCGAACAAGACUCACCUCUUGCUCGACGUGAGAGAAAAGGAGCAUUUUGGCUUGUCCAAUAUUCCUGGCUCCAUCAACAUUCCCAUCGGUCGGUUUACGGCUCACCGUGGCCAAGGGUCAGAGCUGUCUGAUUUGAUACCGGGGGAUGUGCCCCCUGAUGCGCCGAUAUAUAUCGUAUGCCGCGUGGGCAACGAUUCGCAGAUUGCGGCGAAGAAGCUGAAAGAUUCAGGGGCGGAUCGUAAUGGAGAGCGUUUCAUUGGGGACAUCUUGGGAGGACUGCAGGCUUGGAAGACUACAGUCGAUCCAAGUUUGCCUUUUAUAUGA